AUGAAGCCAUUUCUGGCUCUUCUGUUGGUUGCUGUUGCUGGUGUGGAGUUUGCCAAAGCCUUGCGAUGCUUCACAUGCUAUGAACCUACCAGCAGUGGGAAGUGCCUAAAGAUCCAAAACUGUGCUAAGAAUGAAACCAUGUGCAAGACAACCAUGUAUUCCCUGGAGGAAGUGUAUCCCUUUGUGGGAGUCUUGACUGUCACCAGGAUGUGUGCUUCUGUCUGCGUCCCAUCUGACGUGGAUGGGAUCGGUAUGACGCGUCCUGUCUCCUGCUGUUAUUCUGACUUAUGCAACACUGAUGGUGCAGCCAGUUUGAGGAUAAGCUUUGUACCAGUUGGGAUACUGGCAAGUUCCCUUUGCAUCCUCUUCUGGACUAGACUGUGAGGAGCUGUGAGGGAGGUCUUUCCUAUUGAGAAAUACACCUAAGAGGAGAAAUAACACUUGCCAGCCCAGCUUUCCAUUUGGACGCCUCAUGGACAAACUUCAAUGGCUCCCAGAAAUUGUGUUUUCAGAAACUGACCACCUGCCAUGACCAAGAGCAAAGCUCAAGAAGUACUAACUAAUCUUUGGAUUGACUUGCCCGCAGUUCCCACAAAAAUUGGUCUCAAGUUCCUUUGUUGUGCUGGUCUGGCUCACUUUGAACUUAAAAUUCUUCUGUACAAAGUAUAUUUAAAGUAAAAUUUCUGGAACUAAGCCUUCCAUACCACCUUAAACUAUUCCCCCCCCCCCAAGGUGUUGGCCAACAGAAUAGCUGAGUUGACCAAUCUUCUCAGCUGAAAUUCUAUUUUAUGUAACGGGUCCUCUCCACCUACAGUUUUUUGUUGGGCUUUCGUGCUGUCUAAAUUUCCCUCUUAGUGCAUAACAGUUAAGGGGACACUUCUCUGCUUCCAAAAUAUGAGGCAGGAGAUUAAACUUC